UUUAUAUAUACAUUUAAAGAUUAGAAAGAACUAUGUCAAAUACGCCAAGUAUUCUUAUUAUUGGAGCAGGUGCUUCCGGGAUUGCAGCGGCCACAAAAUUGUUGAAAAAUGGAAUUUCCAAUUUUAAAAUACUGGAAGCUGAAGAUAGAAUAGGGGGAAGAGUCUAUUCUACUCAAUUCGGUGGUAGUAUGGUUGAUAUAGGAGGACAGUGGGUUCACGGAGAGAAAGGCAAUAUUGUGUAUGAGAUGGUCAAAGACCUUAACCUGUUAAGUCCUUCUAUCAAUGACUAUGAAGAUAAUACUUUUUAUCUUUCAAAUGGUACACAAAUUGACAAGGAGCUUGGAGACCAACUUUAUGAUAUAUACAAUGAAGUACAUGAAAGCGGAAAGAGUGCUGAAGAUAUGCACCAACCAUAUGGGGACUAUUUUAUAAAAAGGUUUAAUGAUAUAAUUAAUGAGAGUUAUAAAGACGAUAUAAGUAUUUUAAAAUUAGCUAAAUAUUUCGAAGAUUGGUGUCACAAAAUGAGCACCUGCAAUGAGUCUUCCAAAACAUGGUACGAUUUGUCAGUUCAAGGAUCCGUAGCUGGUUUUAUACGAAGCGAAGGGAAUCAACAAUUAAACUGGAGAAAUAAAGGAUACAGGACUAUUUUGGACGUUCUCAUGGAGAAAACUCCGGAUCCCACAAAAACACUUCCAGUUGAGGAUAAAAUUUUACUUAACAAAGAGGUUAACAAAAUAGUCUGGGAUGGAAAUACUUCGAAUGAGAAUAAACCCAAAGUUUAUUGUUCAGAUGGAAGUUUGUAUACAGCGGAUCAUAUAUUAAUCACCACAUCCGUGGGAGUUUUAAAGAAAUUUCACAAAAGUUGGUUUGUACCGGAACUCCCAUGGUAUAAAGUGAACUGUAUAGAGCAUAUUUCAUUGGGAGUUGUAAAUAAAAUUUUAAUUAAAUUCCCUACUAAAUGGUGGCCAGAUGGCACGAAAGGUUUUAAUUUAUUAUGGACUGAAAAGGACAGUUUAAAUCUACGAAACGAAUUGCCAGCUUCUGGACCAAUUGAUGAACACGGCAAAUCUUGGUUAGAAGACGUUUUUGGAUUUUAUAUUAUUGAUAGUCAAGUAAAUACGUUAUUAGGAUGGGUAGUUGGAAAAAUGGCGGCAGAAGUAGAGUAUAUGAGUGACAAAGACGUCAUGGAUAUUUGUAUGUUUGUGUUGCGUAAGUUUUUAGGUAAAAUUUAUGAUAUCUGCGACGCCGACGAAAUUUUAAGGUCAAAAUGGAGCAGUAAUCCUCAUUUUUGUGGUUCUUAUGUCUACAAAAGUAUUGAUCAAGAAAAGCACAACGCCACGGCUGAAGAUUUAGCUAGACCAAUAAUUGCCAAAUCAUAUAACAAACCCACUUUAUUUUUUGCUGGGGAAGCCACAAGCACAGACCACUUCUCUACCGUUCACGGAGCCAUUGAAACAGGUUUCAGAGAAGGAGAUAGACUAGUGGAUUUAUUACAAGAGUCAUAAAAUGUAUUAAUUAAUUUAUAAAAUAACUUGUAAAUAGAAAAUUUAUCAUUUUAAUAAUGUUAACCAUAAAAUUAGUAGAAUAAGAUAAAUACAACAAAUAUAUUCAUUCGUAGCUAUAACAUAAACAUUUGCAUGCAUACUUUAUAAAAAGUUUAUUUUCUAAUUUAUGCUUCCUCGUACAUCCAGAAAUAUGCGG